CAUGUGUUGUCGUUUAAGGCAUGUGUUGUUAGUUGGAUAACUAGCUAGUUUACACAGGCUAUAUUUAGUAUUUUAUCUUAAUCAGUCAUUCAAGAUCAUGUCAAACGACGAUUCAAGUGAUGAGCCGAGUGAUACCGAGGAGGUUCCCGAAGAACAGAGAAAGCAGGCUUCAAGGUAUAAGUGUCCAGCAGAUUUUGUGCCAUUUACCCACAAACCCUGUGCCAGUACCUUUAUUGACAAUGUUUGCGAUGACAACAUUGAAUUAUGGCUCAUCAAAGCUCCCAGCAGUUUCGACAUCAACAAUUGCCGCAGUCUGAGGAUGCCUCUGUCUCGGCUGCAGACUGUGCGCGCCCCGGCCCAGCAGGUGCAAGGCGGUAGUGAGCCUGUCGGGCAGAUCUGCACUGUGCUCGGUGGGCCACUGGGGGCCGUUGACCUCCGCCUCCUCACCAGCCACUGCCAAACCCCCAACACCAUGGUGUGUGCCCCGGCCUUCAGCGGCCUUCUCAACAUCGGCGAGAGCUUCGGCGACUGUAGCACCAACCAGGCCCCCAUGGCCAUCCCGGCGACCCCGGCACCCACAAUUCCGCCGGGGCUCAGGCAGCGCUUCCAGCCCUUUGGGAGCAAGACCCCCACCCUCUCCGGAUCGGUGGAGGAUACAGCCAGGGCACCGGAGACACCUCUCACGGUCAUGCAGGAGCCAGGGGAGGAGAGGAAGAGCAAGAAGAAAAAGAAGAGAGACAAACGACUGAAGAUUGAGGAGUUGGAGCGGGUGGUAGGAGUGAAAGAGGAGCGGCUAGCCAUGAUUCUCAGCCCCGAAGAGCCAUGCACAGCUCCUGGACAGGAAGCUGAUCUCUCCGAAGAAAGGAGGAAGAGGAAAAAAAAGAAGAGAGAUAAAGACAGAGGGGAGGCAGAGGAGGGUGGAGAUUGUUUGUUUAAUGAAAUUAAAGAAGAGACGAUAGAGGUUAAAGUUGAACCAAUAGACUUUGCGUACGGUGAUGUUGGGGAUUCUGGGAAAAAGAAGAAAAAGAAGAAAAACAAGUGUGAUGACUAGUUUAAUGUUGUUUUUAAUGCUCAUGUAACUGUAACUCAGUUCAAGAAAUUACUGUGCUAAUGUAUUUUAUUCAUCUCUAUUUGUUUUGGUGCGGGAAGAAGUCUAAUAAAACCUAGACUGUAACACAUUC